UCAGAAAUCUUGAAAGCACAUCCAAUGCUUAUGGUUAGUAUAUUUUUGGAGUCUCACCAGCUCCAACUUAUGAAUCAAAAACUCUGACAAAUUCUCAGAUGAUGGCCAUGGCCUCAACUACAGCGUCUGCUGCUACACUUCUGUGCUCACCCAGAAGCACAAAGUCAGCCAUACACAACCCAUCUUGUUCUUCUUCACUAAUCUCACACCCCAAGAACCAAAGACUACAUCUUUCAGCUGUGUUUCCUCAACUGGGUCUCAGCCCUUUCUCCCCAUGGAGUGGAUUGAAGCAUUUGGGUGCCUCAGUCAGACCCAAGUCUACAAAGUUAGAGAGGAAGGGAAGGUGUAAAGGUCUGGUGGUUUAUGCUUCUCUGUUUGGUGUUGGAGCUCCUGAGGCUCUGGUUAUUGGGGUUGUGGCUUUGUUGGUGUUUGGUCCCAAAGGUCUUGCUGAGGUUGCUCGAAAUUUAGGAAAGACGUUGCGUGCUUUUCAACCAACCAUUAGAGAGCUACAGGAAGUUUCUAGGGAUUUCAAGAGCACCCUUGAAAAGGAGAUUGGUCUCGAUGACAUUUCAAGUUCAACUAUAAACACAUACAAUUCCAAAAUAAUGGACACGACUUCAGCCACUCCAUCAACUACUGGAGAUUCCAAAACCAUGACUGACCCCAAUGGGGCUCCCUCUCCUAAUAGAGCAUACACCAGCGAGGAGUACUUAAAGAUCACAGAGGAGCAGCUAAAAGCAACAGCCGCACAAAAUCAGGGGCAGACAACGUCUCCAGUCGAAAGUCAGUCUACACCUCAGACUUCCCAAGGUACUGUUGAAGAAACUGUUGAUAAAACGCCUCCACCCCAACAAUCUGCAGGUGAGUCAUAAGAUCUUACAACAGAUACAAGGAUCCCCAUCCAUUUUUGAGCCGCAGCAUGGAGCUGAGGAAUCCCCUUCUGAUUGUUCUCAAUUUUUGUAAUGGGAGUAGGUCUUAGAAAUCUUGGGCUGUGCAUGAAAGAUAAGUGUCUGUAGUGUAUAUUUCUGAACAAAAUACUGAUGCAGGUCUCUCAUUUAUAGUGUCGAGUAUGGUAAAUUUUGAUGUAAUGUGUUAGUCAGUGACUCGGUAAUACAUUGGAACUUGGAAGUAUCAUCUUUGAAUGCCAAUCAAGUCAUCGUGA